GUCAACACUGAAAAGUCCGACGUGGUAAAGGGCCCGGCUGUGUUUCAUAGCAACUGGAAAAUAUAAUACGAAGAGCCAUUACACAUGCCGCUCAAUCUCUCUGGUAUAUGGCACUCUAAAGAGAAGCGGAACGGUUUGUUGAAGUCUUGAUUCCCCACGGAGCCGAUAGCGCCGGGAACCGCUGCGGGGCGGAACGUCAACAGAACCAGCUUAAGGGAGGCGACACGCGUGCCUGCGGCAGUUCGACAAAGAGGAAAAUGUUUAAAAACACAUUUCAGAGUGGAUUUCUGUCCAUUCUCUACAGCAUCGGAAGCAAACCCCUCCAGAUAUGGGACAAAAAGGUGAGAAACGGUCAUAUCAAGCGGAUAACUGACAACGACAUUCAGUCUCUAGUGCUGGAAGUGGAGGGGACCAAUGUUAGUACCACAUACAUCACCUGUCCAGCAGACCCAAAGAAGACCCUUGGAAUUAAACUCCCAUUCCUGGUUAUGAUCAUCAAGAAUUUAAAAAAAUAUUUCACCUUUGAAGUUCAGGUUCUGGAUGAUAAGAACGUCAGGCGACGGUUUCGGGCGAGCAACUACCAGAGCACCACGCGUGUGAAGCCCUUCAUCUGCACCAUGCCCAUGCGACUGGACGACGGCUGGAACCAGAUCCAGUUCAACCUCUCCGAUUUCACACGGCGGGCCUACGGCACCAACUACAUCGAGACGCUCCGGGUGCAGAUCCAUGCAAACUGCCGCAUCCGAAGAGUGUACUUCUCCGACAGACUGUAUUCAGAAGAUGAGCUUCCGGCGGAAUUUAAACUAUACUUGCCGGUUCAGAACAAGGCAAAGGUGAGCAGCGUGUGUACAGGGCAGAAAUAUGUACAUGAUUUAAAUAUUUCAAUAGUGAUCAGUCGUACUCAAACAUAGAUAAGGGUGUGAACUGGAUUCUGCAGUCGUUUCAUGUUUAGGGCAGGGUGUGGCUCAGUGGGCUAAGCCUCUGUGUCUGUGAUAAGGUCGCCGGUUCGAGUCAGGCCUUGGGACCUUGAGCGAGGCCCUUAACCCCCAGCUCCCUGGGUGCUGCUGUGGGUGGCUGCCCUUUGCAGCCAGCUCGCUCUCACCUCCAGAGGGCAAGUUGGGAGAGGUGUAAAGAGAAUUUCCCCAUGGGGAUCAAUAAAAUAUUAUUAUUAUACUAUCAAUAUAUGGUAUGAUAUAUUGGGCAGAUCAGAAAUACUGUUUUUAAUAAUGAAUAUAUAUUUUUCUGCUCAGAAUAUAUGGAAAAUGUUGAAUGUUCCCUGACUCAC